CAAGCGAGGCCGUUCCGCUGAAGUGUUUGCAGUUCGUGCGCUGAAACUGAUGAGGCUACUCGCAGACCGUCAGCCCUUCUGGACUUUGUAAAGACCUAUUUUUAAACACAGGACUGUAGACAAUGCUUCAGAGGAAACCAUCAAAUGUGUCAGACAAACCAAAAAGCAGCAAACCAAAGCGCUCCACCAGCUUUGGCCGCUUUGAUGCCUUCAGACAUCCAUCCCCAGCAAAACUGGAGGAAAACGGAGACCCUCCGCCCACAGAUGGAGAUGCAGGGUCUGAUGUUGCUGAUCAGAACAAAUCAGGUGGCUUGGGUAAGAAGAUGAGGGCCAUCUCCAUGACGAUGCGCAAGAAGAUGGGCAAGAAGUAUAGCAAAGCGUCCUUCUAUGACGAACAGGGUGAGGACGAUGUGGAUCGGGACCACGAGGGCGAGCCUGAGAGCGGGCACCCCCUGGAGAAAGACUCCGCAAAGACCAGCAACUCCCAGGAAAGCCUCUGCAGCGGCCGCAGCUCCUCCAGUGGUGUCACCAGUGGCUCAGACGGCUCCAACAGAGACAGCCUCCGGCUGGAGGAGGAUGCCCCUUACACGGGACAGUUCUGUGGGCGGGCCCGAGUGCACACGGACUUCGUACCCAGCCCCUACGACACCGACUCCCUCAAACUCAAGGUAGGGGAUGUCAUCGAUAUCAUCAGCAAGCCCCCGAUGGGCAUAUGGACGGGAAUGCUGCACAACAAAGUGGGCAAUUUCAAAUUCAUCUAUGUUGACGUCCUGGUUGAGAAAGAGCCCGAGGCACCCAAGAUACGACCCCACAGGCGAAGCAAACGGCCGCGACCAAAAACCCUACAGGAGCUGCUGGAGCGCCUUAACUUAGAAGAGUAUGCCUCCUCUCUGCUCCUCAAUGGGUACCAGACGGUGGAGGACCUGCGGGACCUGAAGGAGAAGGACCUGAUCGAGCUGAACGUCUCCAACCCGGAGGACCGGCAGCGGCUGCUCGCAGCGGCUGAAAACCUCCAGGACGCUGACAACGAAAAUGAAAGGGAGAGGGAGGCCAACCAGGAGCCCAAGUCCAGGUCGGGCAGCUUGAGGUCAGAUCAGGACGACUGCCCGAGAGACUCCGGCUGCUACGUGUCGUCAGAGAGCUCAGACAACAGUAAAGAGGACACAGAGGGCCAGCCGGCAACGCCUGAAACUUAACCACUCCGCAUGCGUUCAGAACACACAUGGGUCUGCUGCGUCUACGUUGUACAUACUGAAUGUACAUGGAAGGACUGCC